UUUAGGAACGCCUGACUAAAACACAGGUUUAACUUUUCGAGUUUCGUGUAUUGUUUUUAUUAUUAAAAUAGCGAGUUUUUAUUCACCUUGAAGGUUGAUCGUGUGGUGUUAAACACCAUGUCGACAGGGAGGGUCAUAUCUCGCGCCAAUUCUCUCGCUCUUGUUGGGUACAGGCACUGUUGCCAUGUGAUGUUACAUACAUCUAUACCGGAGGACGUAAAAUUGUUUCGAUAUUACCCCAUCAAGAAUACCAUUUUGAUGCAGCUCAGGUUUGAUGGCAGAAUAGGUUUUUCUGGAGGCUUUGUUGAUGAUGGUGAAGACUUAGAGACAGCUGUUAACAGAGAAGUACAAGAAGAAAUGGGCCAGACUUCAACUCCUGUUGGGAUAACAGAAGAUAAUUAUGUCAUAACACAUGUACAAGAAGAGCAUAUUGCAGAACUGAAUUUGACAAAGAAACUCUGUCUACAUUUUUAUGCUAAAGAAGUACCCUUGAACCAGUUUCUUGAGCUGGAAAGAAGGAAUUCAACAACUUCAAAUCUUGAUUUUGAGGUUUUAGGAGCUAUUCGCUGCCCUCUCUAUACGCUAAGGGACAAGAAAGGGGGCUUACCAAGCUUUCUACUGCAUAACUUUGUUGGAAAUGCAAGACUACAACUUUUUAUUGGAAUUGAGAAAGAAAACCUAUUGAGCAGAGAGGAGCUACUUGAAGCAGUAAAGCUAAGUGGGACAAAUAUUGAGCUCCCCUAAAGUCUUUAGCAAAGCUGCCAGCAGCAAGGCAGGAAGGGGCAAGGGGGGGAGGAGUCACACAUUUCCCUCCUCUCAGCGUGGCUGUAGCAAAGCUGCCCUCUCUAGGGAUAUGGUAGGAAGGGUUGUAGGGGAGGGGGGUUAAGUCUCAGGCAAGAAUCUUUUCAAGCAGUCAUCUCCACUGGCUUUGCAGGAAGCGGCAUGGGAUAAUAAGGGAAGUCACACGCUUUCCUCCUCUCAGCAAGACUUUAACAAAAUAGAAAUAUCUUCGCUCACAGUCCCCUAACCCUAUAAUAGAAAGGGAUGGCAAAGUUUAUUUAUUUUCCUUGCUAUUCUUGCUGUUUUUACCAUGAAAAGUUGAGAAUAAUUCAAAAUUAAUGUAAAUACAAUGGUAUAAUGUAUAAUGUGCUUGUAUUGAAUGUACGUGAUAUACACCAAGCCGCUGGUA